AACCUACUCCGCCAAUGCCUAGGCUGACAUAAGCACUUGAUUGGCAUGAGGUCGACAUUAGGCACAAUUCUGCUCAGCUUUUCCUCCUCUCUACACGAAUUCUCUGUCAGUGUUCCAAGAUAUUCCUGACUAGGACUGCGUCCGUGUCGCGCUUUAUCUUCUUCUUCAUUUUUGAGCAUGCGAACGUUACCCCUCCUUUGCUCGUUUACAUGUAUCACUUCUUUUUUCUCAGCAGUGCGCGCAUUCAGUGUGACAGUCGGGACUCCAACUCAAUGCGACGACCUAUCUGUUUCAUGGACCGGUGGACAAGCACCAUUUGAGAUCCUCUUGACUCCCGUUUUCGAAGUACCGCGGAACAUAUCUGUACCAGCAUCAGCCUUCAGCAAUGGCAAAGGCUCAUAUUCAAUACCGCAGUUACCAUUUUGGAAUGGAACGCAGUUUCUACUCACUAUGUCUGACGCCACCGCGUUUGGCUCAGGUGGAACGACACCCGUCUUAAAGGUCGGUAAUCCUGUUGCCAAGAACAACUGCAACACUACAGGUGCAUCCGUGGAUUUCACGUUUGAUUUGCCAUCAUCACUCCAGCAAUGCAAUGGCUAUACCUUUGAUAAUUAUGACAAUGCAGUCCAACCCAUUACUAUCACGGCACUUAUUCCUGGUGGAGAGUCACUCAUAAUUCAUCCUCCGACUGGCCCCAGUUAUAGCUGGCCUGUAGAUGUCAGCGCAGGGACGACCCUCGUAUUUGUGAUGACAGACUCCCAGGGCAGGCAAGGCGGUAGCUCUGACCUCGAGACGGUCGCGCUUUCGAACAAUGCCACGUGUCUCAGCGCCAACUCACCAUCAUCAACUGCGUCUGUGCCUUCAUCCACCACCGUAUCCACGUCAUCUGGCAUUUCACCAACGUCCAGUCAAAGUACUUCAUCAACCAGUAACACUGCUACUAUUGCCGGCACGGCGAUUGGCUGCGUCGUAGCCCUCGCUGCGUUGGUUACCCUCGGCAUGUUCUUGUUGCGUAAACGAAAAGCGUCUCGCUCUCCGUACGUCAUGUCUUCUUCGAAACGCCAUUCACGUCGACUCCCAUCUACGGAUAUCGAUCAUGAAGGGAGCCGUUAUGGUCACGUUCCACCAAUUUACCCGUUCCCAUACCAAGCAGACUCUGUCAGCCAUCUUGCCACUCAACCUGCAAGCCAGUUACACCUGAACAACCCGUCCGCUAGCAAUUUAGCAGUUAGCGACCCUCCCACACCAUUCAAUCAGACACAGCAUUCACGCCAUCUAUCUAACCCAGACAGCUUCGCUGGAUACGGGGAUGCCGGAGGUUCAACAUCUAUGUCAUCAGCUGGCAGACGAAAAGCUGCAAUGGCUGGCCAAACAGCAUAUAAACCGACCACUCGGUUCAUCAUGCAUACCGAUGUCGAUGAUGUCGUGCCAGAUGACAAUGGCAUAGUAGAACUUCCGCCGCAGUAUUCAGAGCAUCGGCAACCCCUUGCCCCACAAACUGGGGCUGUGCCAAGACCGAUGUCAUCACACUCUGAUUAUUCGGGUCCGAGCGAUCUUGCAUAUGCCGAUAGCUCUUUUGUUUCACCCACUUCGUCGCACUCGCGUUUACCACCUCAUUCAUGAAGCAUAAUUCAUGUUGUCACAGUGUGCACUGUCUUGUCUCCUUCGACGCGCUGCGGACAGCUUUCUUUCCUAGGGGAGGCAUCUUGUCUUCUAUUUCUACUGUUUUUCGGAUGCUUCAUUUCAUUGUUAUCUCUCUAUACUACAUAUUUAUGCUCAGCACUAAGCUCAGCAUCCGCUCCUUUCACAUUCGUGAUAUACCUGUGUUAUACCUUGGGACGUCGUCACCGGAAGCUAUGGAAUGCAAAAGAAAAAUCGUGAUAUCUGUUUGUGCCGGAAAAUUUGAAUGAGCACGUGUAUACCAUACAAAC